AUGCAAGCUAACAUUGAUGGUGAACUGAAUUUCGCUAGUGAUGGAUGCUUGGAUAUUGUUGAACAUGACAACACAAUUGUUGAUGAAGAUUCUGAGUUUGAAGAAGUUGAAUACGUUGAUGAAGAUGCAAAUGAAGAUGGUGAAUUUGACGGAGACGAAUCUCUUGUUGUUGACAACAUUGCAAAUAUGGACAUGUUUAACUUGCAAAAUGAUGAUGUUUCGAAGCUACAAUUGGAAGUCUGGAAAUUGCUUACAAGUUUUACUGUUGAUUUGCAAAGAUGA